CAGCUGAAGUGGCAGCCUUGUUAUUGAUUGUGUUAUCUACUCUCAGCCUUGGGGCCAUUGUGGUUGCUUUGGUGUCAGAUGUACUUUUGAUAUUGAGUCUUUUUAUAAGACUAUGUUGUGAGCGGAGUUCAAAGAUUUCUUACCCCUCCAACAUUUUGGACUUGCAACAGCAAAGCCAGAAAACCGGAGCCAAGCCGUCGAUUUGCAUGCCCGAUUCCGGGUCAGCUCUGAGGAUCAAAUGUUACCGGCCAGGCACGCGUGACUCCUCCGCCUGUGCCAUUGCCGUUCGCCCUCAGCUACCGCCCAUUGGGUUAUAGUGUCGUAUGCCCAUCUACAAAAGGCCCGGGUUGCUUUAAAGUGGUCUCUUUGACAAAGAUAUCGGUAUACAUGAGGCCAAAGCCUGGAUAUUCUGUAUGUUGGAGACUUGACUGUCAGUCCGGAUUAAGGGGCCCGUUGAAAGAAGACAAAGGCGUGCCUGAGACCUGACCGCCAUCGGGCCAACAUCAACUCUUCCCAAAUGCUUGGGCCCUCCAAUCGCAUGGCGUCAUCUGUCUCCACCGAUUACUGACACCUCAUCGAAUACUCAUGAAUGUCCAUUCAUACAUCCAAAUGGGAUCCAGGAAUAAGAGAGAUCGGCAGUAUCGGGCAGUUGGGUUGUUGAUUACAAAAUUGGCGUGAUGGCCUAAAAGCCAACCAUUGCGGGAUACUCUUGGUUUUGCUCCUCCUGUACUUGGGUGGCCUCAUCGAAUCUCUCUCUCUCGGAGCAACUGGCAAUUGUCCGAGCGGCUGGAAGAGGCCCAGAGCGGGCGGGCAACGCAUCCACCUUGAGGCUGCUGCAGGCGGGUGACUUCCACUGUCUGACGUCGUGACCUUUGAAAGGGACUACCACCUCAUGAAGCAAUCAUUUCCCUUCCCCUUUUGCCCCCUUUCCAAUAAAAUCGCAAGCCCUUCAACGCCUCUCUCUGUAACUGCAUAAAACGGCACCUAACAAGGCAGAAACAAGAAGCCGCCAUUCAGGUACAACACAUCAAACAACCACAGAUAAAAGACCCCCCCAUUCCCCGCAUCCCGCAUUAACACUACGUGCUACACCCACCGCUGCUAGUACACCAUAAGACCACCACCACCACCACCACCCAGCUGAGUCAACCGAUCCGAUCGUCGACACCUAAUAGCAGCAGCCCUCGCUCGCCUCUUUCGCAAGUGCACGCCUGCCAACUCCAAAAAGAAAACCAUCAAGACCGACGCCGAAAACUCCACGCGGGCGUGUCCCUUUGAAAGCCGCACCAUCCCAAACGACUGGUAACGUAGCGAUCCAAGUCGGCAAAGAUGGCUUCCCCGCGUCGCCGCAUCGAGACAGAUGUCAUGAAGCUGUUCAUGAGCGAUUAUGAGGUCACCUUGGUCAAUGAUAAUAUGUAAGUCAAGCUCGACGCCACGACGAUGGCUACAGCGGCCCGAUACUCCACACGGUGCGAUGGUUUGCAAGAUGGGAACCUUAAUGACUGAUGCGAGUGGUGGGAACGAUAGGCAGGAGUUUUACGUGCGGUUCAAGGGGCCUACUGAGAGUAUGUGAUAUCUGUGGUGUCUGGAAGGUUCAUGUCGAGCUCCCUGAUCAGUACCCGUAUAAGUCGCCGAGUAUUGGGUUCGUGAACAGGAUUUUUCACCCUAAUAUUGAUGAGCUGUCUGGAUCGGUCUGCCUCGACGUCAUCAACCAAACCUGGUCGCCCAUGUUCGACAUGAUCAAUAUUUUCGAAGUUUUCCUCCCGCAGCUGCUGCGCUACCCGAACCCGACGGAUCCGCUGAAUGGGGAGGCGGCGGCGCUGUUGAUGAGGGAGCCGAAAAGUUAUGAUAUCAAGGUCAAGGAGUACGUCCAGAAAUACGCCAGCAAAGAAGCAGCCGACGAUGCCGGUGCCGAAAGCGAAGACGACGACGAUCUGUCCUCGGUGGCGAGUUUCGACGACGACGAUGAGGAACAGCAGCCAGCUGGUAAGAUGGAUGAUGUAUAGGGUUGGAUUCGUCGUUUUUAUCCGACGGGUACUCCAGCGGUGUGUUGAAUGCUUUUUCGUCUUGACCAAAUCAUGGAUGGACUACAGGUAUGGGUGGAUAAGGGAGUUGCAAUGGCUUGGUACGGUACUAAGGGUUUUCUAACGGUUCUGGUUCCUGGUUUUGAUAUCCAUUGUUUUGCUUUUGGAGGUUGAUGCACACUCGGAGGCUGUGAAUGUGUUGUUUGGUUUGCUUGGCUCCGGACUUCCGGCAACAAAGGGUUUGAGGUUGGCUUGUGUGAGAAACAGUCAGACUAUAAACCUGACUGCACACAGUUUAGGCGACUUCACUAUAUAUGUUCAGGAGCAAGGUUAUAGAGCGACUUUUACAACGACUGCUAGUGUUGUAGAGUGAGGCAGCAGCUACAGAUCUGGAGCAAGCUGCAGCCAGCCAAUCAGCGCCGAUAAGACAGAGUAUGAC